AUGUCCGGCUCUCACAAGUUCACUCCUUUGGCCUUGCCGCCCAAGGUGACACUCGCUGACUUCAACAAAUUCAUCCAAGAUAUAACGAACCUCGUUGGCGAUGAAAAUGUCGACAUCAUUACAUCCAAGGAUCAAAUUGACGACAAGUCAUACAUGGACCCGACAUAUACGCAUGACCCUCACCAUGUGAUGGAGCAAGAUUACUUCCUUGCCUCUGCGGUAGUAGCGCCUCGGGAUGUUUCCGACGUCCAAGCGAUCGUGCGACUAGCUAAUACGCUGUCAUUUCCUCUUUGGCCGAUUUCCAUUGGCCGAAACUCCGGCUACGGCGGUGCGGCGCCUCGUGUGUCUGGAAGUUUAGUGCUCAACAUGGGUAAAAACAUGAACAAGAUUCUGGAAGUCAAUGUAGAAGGCGCAUACUGUCUUCUGGAGCCAGGCGUCACUUUCCAAGCACUGUAUGAUUACCUCGUUGCCAAUAACCUGCAGGACAAACUCUGGAUCGACACUCCUGACCUUGGUGGGGGCUCUGUCCUUGGAAAUACAAUGGAACGUGGAGUGGGCUACACACCGUACGGUGACCAUUGGAUGAUGCACAGCGGCAUGGAAGUCGUUCUUCCAAACGGCGAACUUCUACGCACCGGAAUGGGUGCUCUCCCAGAACCACCCCGUCCAGAAACAGCAGGCCUCAAACCAGAAGAUCAGCCGUGGAACAAAACAGCGCAGCUGUUCAAUUAUGGCUUCGGUCCAUACGUCGAUGGGAUCUUUACCCAGUCGAACUUUGGGAUCGUAACCAAGCUGGGGAUGUGGCUUAUGCCAAACCCCGGCGGUUAUCAGUCUUACCUUGUUACCAUUCCCCGGGAAGAGGAUUUGAAGCAGGCAGUUGAUAUUAUUCGGCCGCUUCGCUUAAACAUGGCGCUUCAAAAUGUGCCGACCAUUCGACAUAUCUUGUUAGAUGCCGCAGUCAUGGGAUCCAAGAAGGAGUACACGACGAAAACAGAGCCACUCGGGGAGGAAGACUUGAAUGAAAUUGCCAAGAGACUAAAGCUCGGUCGAUGGAACUUCUACGGAGCACUCUAUGGCCCCGAGCCAAUCCGAAAUGCUCUCUGGGCCGCCAUCAAGGAAGCCUUCUCCGCUAUCCCGGGCGCCCAGUUCUUCUUCCCAGAGGAUACACCCGAGAACUCGGUUCUUCGCAUCCGACACAAGACCAUGCAGGGUAUACCGACGUACGACGAACUCAAAUGGAUAGAUUGGCUCCCCAACGGCGCUCAUCUAUUCUUCUCACCAAUUGCUCCAGUUCAAGGAAAAGAUGCGAUGGAGCAAUACGCUGUCACGAAGAAGAGAUGUCACGAAGCCGGUCUAGAUUUUAUCGGAACUUUUACAAUUGGCAUGCGAGAGAUGCAUCACAUUGUCUGUAUUGUGUUCAAUAAAAAGGACACUGAGCAGAAGAAGAAAGCGCACUGGCUUAUCAAGACGCUAAUUGAUGACUGUGCUGCCAAGGGCUGGGGUGAGUAUCGGACGCACUUGGCGGUUAUGGACCAGAUCAUGGGGACGUACAACUGGAAUGAUGGGGCCUUUUUGAAAUUCAAUGAGCUCUUGAAGAAUGCUAUUGAUCCCAAUGGCAUUAUGGCUCCGGGGAAAUCGGGUGUCUGGCCUCGACAGUACAAGAAGAAUCAGUGGAAGCUAUGA